AUGUAUAAGUUGGAACUUCCAAAAGUACAGGGAAAGCUGUUACGAGGAUCCUCAUAUGGUUGGGUACUCAUGAUUGACGGGUAUCCAGAGUUAAAUCUAAUCAAUCCACUCACAAGAGCUCAAAUCCAACUACCUCCAAUAGACACAUUUCCUGAUGUAUUAGGAUACCGUCCAUAUAGGGCUGAUGAAGAAUAUUUAACUUUGAGAGUGAGACCAAACUUACCUAAACCAGCAAAAGUACAGGUUGAAAGCAUAGCAUACGUAAGAGAUGUUUUCAUACAUAAGCUUGUGUUGUCAUCAAACCCUACUACUUCCAAAGAGUUCAUGGCCAUGGCCAUCUACGGUAUGGUUUUAGAUUUAGCUUUCUGCAAAAAGGGGGACAAGAAAUGGACUCUUAUUCAACAAAAUGAUCAACAUAUAAAUCAUGAUAUAAUUUCCCAUAAGGGGAAGUUCUAUGUAUUACGUAAUGAUGGAGGAUUGUGGGUUGGUGACCGUACUUCCUUGCCAAAUAUGACACAGCUUGUACCAUCUCUUCCAAAGACUAUUCUCAAUUAUUUUUCUUUGGUGAGGACGAUAUCCGAUCAUCAUCAAGGAGAGUUGAAAUGGAGAAUGGUAAAGAACAUUGGAGAUAAUGUAUUCUUUGUGGGAAUGAAUGAUUCCUUGUGA